AUGUCUGUUUACCACGACGAGAUUGAGAUUGAAGACAUGGAAUAUGAUGAAGAAACAGAGAUUUAUCAUUAUCCAUGCCCGUGUGGUGAUCGGUUUGAAAUAUCGAAGGAGGAGCUGGAAUGUGGAGAAGAGACGGCCAAGUGUCCCAGCUGUUCCCUGAUCAUCAGAGUGAUCUAUGACAAGGACAACUUCAUGGUGGGGGAGCAAGCACCAGCUGUGAAAAAGGCAGACGUGGCUCUGGCCUGA